CAUGAGCGGCGGGGAGGUGGUCUGCUCGGGCUGGCUCCGAAAGUCGCCGCCGGAGAAGAAGUUGAAACGCUACGCAUGGAAGAGGAGAUGGUUUGUGCUCCGCAGUGGUCGGCUGACAGGUGAUCCGGAUGUCCUGGAAUACUAUAAAAAUGACCAUGCAAAAAAACCAAUUCGAAUCAUUGACUUGAACUUGUGUCAACAAGUGGACGCUGGGUUGACAUUUAACAAAAAAGAAUUUGAAAACAGCUUUAUAUUUGACAUCAACACAAUAGACAGAGUCUUCUACUUGGUUGCUGACAGUGAAGAGGAGAUGAAUAAGUGGGUUCGAUGUAUUUGUGACAUCUGUGGGUUCAACCCUACUGAAGAUGAUGCUGUGAAGCCACCUAGCAGUUCUCUACAGGUCCCCGCUGAGUUACCCUUGCCUGUCAACACUUCCCUACCAUCUGUACAAGCAGAAUCAUCCUUACCUCCUCCAUACCAGCUAAUUAAUAUCCCACCAUUAGAGCCUGCCUCCAGUCAAGAAGAUCCUCAAGACUACCUGUUACUAAUUAAUUGUCAAAGCAAGAAGCCUGAAUCAACAAGCUCUUAUCUAAUCUCGGAAGAAGGGGAGGAAUAUUUACUGCUGGAGAAUUUUGAAAGUAAAAAGGUUCCAUUGCAGUUGCAGGCUGAUUCAGCAAAAACCGCCUCUUCUGAAACAGACUGCAAUGAUAAUGUGCCUUCCCAUAAAACAUCUGUGCAAUCUCUGAACAAGCAUGCUGUGAAUGGGUUUUUUCAGCAGCAAAGCGCGUAUGACUCUCCACCACCAAGAGCUGCCUCGGUGUCGGUAGAUGGCAGCCUUUAUAGCCUGCCAAGGAGUUACUCGCAGGAUGUUUUACCAAAGGCUUCUCCUUCUGGGACAGAUGCAGAUGGAGAGCCACACAUUUUCAGUGCCCUGUCUACAACAUCUUCUCUUGAUGCGCAGAUGAGGCAUUUCUCCAUUAGUUAUGACAUUCCCCCAACACCUGGAAAUACUUACCAGAUUCCGCGAACUUUUCCAGAAGGAUCAUUGGCACAAAGUUCGAAGCUAGAGAGUAUUCCAGAUGUUCCUCCACCUCGGCCACCAAAACCUCAUCCUUCAGACCGCUCUCCUGUGGAGGUGUGUAGCAUCUCCCGUACUGCCUCAGACACCGACAGUAGCUACUGCAUCCCUACAGGAGGCAUGCUUCCUUCACGUAGCAACACUAUUUCCACUGUGGAUCUGAACAUAUUUCGUAAAGAUAUUGGUUCUCAAGACUGCUAUUUUACUCCACGAACGUUUCCAAAUGACAGAUCAAGCUCACUGGAAGGCUUUCAUAACCACUUUAAAAAUAAAAGCUUGUUGACUGUGGGAAGUGUUUCAAGCGAAGAACUGGACGAAAAUUAUGUCCCCAUGAACCCAAACUCUCCCCCUCGGCAGCAUUCUAGCAGCUUUACUGAACCCAUCCAAGAAAUGAACUAUGUGCCGAUGACCCCAGGCACUUUUGACUUUUCGCUGUUUGGAAUGCAAGUCCCUCCACCAGCGCACAUGGGGUUUAGGUCUAGUCCAAAAACCCCUCCCAGAAGACCAAUCGCUGUCGCAGAAUGUGAACCUCCACCAGUGGAUAGGAACCUCAAGCCAGACAGGAAAGGUCAGAGCCCUAAAAUUUUAAGACCUAAGCCACAUGGUUUAGAGCGAACAGAUUCACAAACGAUAGGUGAAUUUACUACAAGAAGAAAGGUAAAACCAGCACCUCUCGAAAUAAAACCUCUACCUGAAUGGGAAGAAUUGCCAGCUCCUGUAAGAUCUCCCAUCACCAGGACUUUUACACGAGAUUCCUCCAGGUUUCCCUUGUCUUCCCGACCUGAUUCAGUUCACAGCACAACGUCCAGUAGUGACUCGCAUGACAGCGAAGAGAAUUAUGUACCUAUGAAUCCAAAUCAGUCCAGUGAUGACCCAGUUUUGUUUGGCAGUAGUAGUCUUGAUGGUGGAAGCAGUCCUAUGGUGAAACCUAAGGGUGAUAAACAAGUGGAGUACUUAGACCUGGACCUAGAUUCUGGAAAAUCUACCCCACCUCGCAAGACAAAGAGCAGUGGCUCAGGCAGCAGUGUGGCUGAUGAAAGAGUUGAUUAUGUUGUGGUUGACCAACAAAAAACACUAGCACUAAAGAGUACACGGGAGGCUUGGACUGAUGGGAGGCAAUCUACAGAAUCUGAAACGCCAACAAAAAGUGUAAAAUAAAGAAGAAAAUCUAUUCGUCCUCCGUAAAUGUUUGAUAAAAGAGCUG